UCGGCGAUUCUCUACAUGAUGAACAACGAGCAAUUUGGACACAGCACAGCCUCGGCUCAGUAUUUUCUGCAAUUGGCCGGAUACUUGGGCAUACCGGUGAUCUCUUGGAAUGCGGACAAUUCGGGAUUGGAGCGACGAGCGUCGCAGUCGACACUCCAAUUGCAAUUGGCACCGAGCAUUGAGCAUCAAAGUGCAGCAAUGUUGAGCAUUUUGGAGAGAUACAAGUGGCAUCAAUUCUCCGUAGUGACCUCACAAAUUGCCGGACACGAUGACUUUGUGCAGGCGGUGCGGGAACGUGUGGCAGAGAUGCAGGAACACUUCAAGUUCACCAUACUCAACUCGAUUGUGGUGACCCGGACGAGCGAUCUCAUGGAGCUGGUGAACAGCGAGGCACGUGUGAUGCUUCUCUAUGCCACACAAACGGAGGCCAUUACCAUUCUGCGUGCCGCCGAGGAAAUGAAAUUAACGGGGGAGAAUUAUGUCUGGGUUGUCAGUCAGUCGGUGAUUGAGAAGAAGGAUGCACAUUCGCAGUUUCCAGUUGGAAUGCUCGGGGUUCAUUUCGAUACGAGCAGCGCCGCAUUAAUGAACGAAAUAUCGAAUGCCAUCAAGAUCUAUAGCUAUGGUGUGGAAGCCUAUCUGACAGAUCCGGCCAAUAAGGACAGACGACUCACCACACAGUCGCUGUCCUGCGAGGACGAGGGUCGUGGUCGCUGGGACAAUGGAGAGAUCUUUUUCAAGUACUUGCGCAACGUGUCCAUUGAGGGGGAUCUGAACAAGCCGAAUAUUGAGUUCACUGCAGAUGGUGAUCUGAAGUCGGCGGAGCUUAAGAUCAUGAAUCUUCGGCCCAGUGCGAACAAUAAGAAUCUCGUUUGGGAGGAGAUUGGGGUAUGGAAGUCGUGGGAGACACAGAGAUUGGAUAUACGCGAUAUUGCGUGGCCAGGUAACUCGCACGCUCCGCCGCAAGGUGUGCCCGAGAAAUUCCAUUUAAAGAUCACAUUCCUCGAGGAGGCACCCUAUAUCAAUCUGUCACCCGCUGAUCCAGUCAGUGGCAAGUGUUUAAUGGACCGCGGUGUGCUCUGCCGUGUCGCUGCCGAUCAUGAGAUGGCCGCCGACAUUGAUGUGGGUCAAGCACACCGCAAUGAGUCCUUCUAUCAAUGCUGCAGUGGCUUUUGCAUUGAUCUGCUCGAGAAAUUUGCCGAGGAGCUCGGCUUCACCUACGAACUGGUACGGGUUGAAGAUGGUAAAUGGGGUACACUUGAGAAUGGUAAAUGGAAUGGUUUAAUUGCCGACUUGGUUAACCGCAAGACGGACAUGGUACUCACAUCUCUCAUGAUCAACACCGAGCGCGAAGCGGUCGUCGAUUUUAGCGAACCGUUCAUGGAAACCGGUAUUGCCAUCGUUGUUGCCAAACGUACGGGCAUCAUAUCGCCCACGGCCUUUCUGGAACCCUUCGAUACGGCCUCCUGGAUGCUGGUUGGCAUCGUCGCCAUCCAGGCAGCUACUUUCAUGAUCUUUCUCUUCGAGUGGCUCUCACCCAGCGGCUACGACAUGAAGCUGUACCUGCAGAACACGAACGUUACACCCUAUCGGUUCUCCCUCUUCCGCACCUACUGGCUGGUCUGGGCGGUACUCUUCCAAGCGGCCGUUCAUGUGGAUUCUCCCCGUGGCUUUACCUCACGCUUCAUGACCAAUGUGUGGGCUCUCUUCGCCGUCGUCUUCCUUGCCAUCUACACUGCCAACCUGGCGGCCUUCAUGAUAACCAGAGAGGAGUUCCACGAGUUCAGUGGACUCAACGACAGCCGCUUGGUGCAUCCGUAUUCACACAAGCCUUCAUUCAAAUACGGCACGAUUCCCUACAGCCACACGGACUCGACGAUUCACAAGUACUUUAAGGACAUGCACUACUACAUGAAGCAAUACAAUAAGACAAGCGUAGCUGAUGGCGUUGCCGCUGUUCUGAAUGGUAAUCUGGAUUCCUUCAUCUAUGACGGCACCGUGUUGGACUAUUUGGUUGCCCAGGAUGAGGACUGUCGCCUGAUGACUGUGGGCAGCUGGUAUGCCAUGACUGGCUAUGGACUCGCCUUUAGUCGCAACUCCAAGUACGUGCAGAUGUUCAACAAGCGUCUUUUAGAGUUCCGAGCCAAUGGAGAUUUGGAGAGACUGCGUCGCUAUUGGAUGACAGGCACUUGUCGACCGGGUAAACAGGAGCAUAAAUCAUCAGAUCCUUUGGCAUUGGAGCAGUUCUUGUCGGCCUUUCUACUGCUCAUGGCUGGCAUUCUUUUGGCCGCAUUAUUGCUGCUGCUGGAACACGUUUAUUUCAAGUACAUUCGCAAGAGAUUGGCCAAAAAAGAUGGCGGUCAUUGCUGUGCCCUUAUCUCGCUGUCCAUGGGCAAAUCGUUGACAUUUCGUGGCGCCGUCUUCGAGGCCACGGAGAUCUUGAAAAAGCAUCGAUGCAACGAUCCCAUUUGCGACACGCACCUGUGGAAGGUUAAACACGAGCUGGACAUGUCCAGACUCCGGGUGCGUCAACUGGAGAAGGUCAUGGACAAGCACGGCAUCAAAGCGCCGCAAUUGAGACUGGCCUCUUCGUCCGAUCUGCUGAAUCAUCAUCAUCUCAAGGAGCGUCCACCGUUGCUCGGAAAUCUCAGUUUGGCUGCCAGCGCUCAAGAUUUAUACAGGUGGUCUUACAAAACGGAAAUUGCCGAAAUGGAGACGGUGCUCUGAAGCGAUUGGAAUGAAUCACAUAUGAAUCCUAAUCUUAAAUAUCUAAGUCUUACCAAUAGUUAAAACCCAAUCAACAACAAAAUAUAACAGUAAAACAACAACAACAACAACAAGUACUAUGCAUUUUAAUCAACAAACAAUUGAGCAAUGUUUUUUAUCGGUUGUCUAUUUUUUUUUUUUUUUUUAUUAAGGCUACGAUUAAAAAUUGACGAAGCAGAAAAACUAAACGGACUGCAAUUGCAAAUUUACACCAAAUAAAACGAAAAGCAACAAC